CCACAUGCCAGCCCAGCCCUGACACUGCCUCUGCUAUUCUGGGUCUCCCGGGGCUCUUAGAGCCAUGGAGCCCGCAAGGCGCAGCGCUGCCCAGGGAGGGGAGGGAGCUCGGGGUGGGUUCAGGGGGGAACAGAUCCUGAAGCCCUAUGACAGCUUCAUCCGCACCCACCUGCGCUUCUAUGGCUACUUCCGAGACGAGAAGACGGGCGGCAAAGAGACUGCCACGUCCCCGGGGAAACCCUCCGGGCAGCAUCCCAAGGCAUCCACCAUGGGCAGCACCGGCCCUGGCUGGCAACAAGGUCCUGGGCACGAGCCAAACCCUCCCAGGGUGGUGCAGACACCCCAGCAGGGCAGAGUAGCCCCCUUAAUGCAGCCCUGGAGGCCUCCAGGAGAACCACAGUCUCCGUUCUCCCUCCCUGCUCCCCGCUGGCCUGUGGAGUGUGAAGUCAUCCCGGAGACGAUUGAGCACAUCGAGUGGGUCCCCCCCAAACCAGAGCCCUUCUGCCCACCCAUGGGCCCGGAGCAGGCCCGGUACACCCUUGGUGAAGAGCAGGGCACUGUUGUCUACUACUCCAGCCCAGCGCUCCAAGGCUCCUGCUUUACCCGUGCUCGGGUUGGAGGAGCCCCGGGGCCACUCUCCUCACCAGCAGCCCCCUUGGAGGGUCCCCAGGACACCACGCUGCUCUUUGAGUCCCGUUUUGAGAGUGGGAACCUCCAGAAGGCCGUCAAGGUGGGUCCCUAUGAAUACGUGCUGAUGCUGCGGCCAGACCUGUACACGGCCAAACACACCCACUGGUUCUACUUCCGUGUCCAAAACACACGGCGGGAGCCGCUCUACCGCUUCACCAUCGCCAACAUGGCCAAGCCCAAGAGCCUCUACGGCCAGGGCCUGCGGCCACUGCUCUACUCCCAGCAGGAUGCCCAGAGCCGUGGCAUAGGCUGGCGCCGGGUCGGGACCGACAUCUGCUACUACCGUGGCAGUGCAGGGGAGCCGCCGAUGUUCCGGCUCAGCUGGACCAUGCGCUUCCCGCACGACGGCGACACGUGCUUCUUCGCCGCCUGCUACCCCUACACCUAUUCGGAGCUGCAGCGCUACCUCCGCGCGCUGUUGGCCGACCCGGCGCGCUCACGGUACUGCACGGUGCGGGCACUGUGCCGCAGCCUGGCCGGCAACACCGUCCCCCUGCUGACCAUCACUGGCCCAGGCGGCAUGGCCGGCAAGCGGGCAGUGGUGGCGAGCGCCCGCGUGCACCCCGGCGAGAGCGGCGGCUCCUGGGCCAUGCGGGGAUUCCUCGAUUUCCUUCUGAGCCCCCACGAGGACGCACAGCUCCUGCGCCGCCUCUUCAUCUUCAAGGUGGUGCCGAUGCUCAACCCUGAUGGGGUGGUGGUGGGCAACUCCCGCUGUUCCCUGGCGGGACGGGAUCCCAACAGGGCCUAUGGGAAGGCGCUUCCCGGCUCCUUCCCCGGCGUGUGGCACCUGCGGGCCAUGGUCCAGAGGGUGCUGGCGGAGCGGGAGGUGGUGCUGUACUGUGACUUCCACGGGCACAGCCGGAAGAACAACGUCUUCGUGUACGGCUGCGAUGCCGGCGGCGACGGCACUGGGACACGACUGCGCCAGCGCGUGUUCCCCCUGAUGCUGAGCAAAAACGCCCCCGACAAGUUCUCCUUCUCCAGCUGCAAGUACCAGGUGCAGAAGAGCAAAGAAGGGACAGGCCGGGUCUCCAUGUGGCGCCUGGGCAUCUCCCACAGCUACACCCUAGAGGUGGCCUUCAGUGGCUCCACGCUGGGUGGGAGAAACUCCCACUUUAGUGUGGAGGACCUCGAGUCACUGGGCCGUCUCCUCUGUGCCACCCUGCUCGACUUCUGUGACCCUGCACCUGCCAAGCUCCAGCAGUGCCUGGUGGAGGCGGAUGCGCUGCUGCAGCGGCAGAUGGGUCAUGAGCCAGGCUCUGGAGGCAGCUGGAGCAAUGUGUCUCCCUCAGAGCUUGAGUCCAGCACCAGUGGCUCUGACAGCUCCGUGUCUGACGGGAUCCCAGAUGACUUCCACAGCCCUGACCAACAGAUGAAGCCACGCAGAAAGAAGCAGCUGCAGAGACGGAGAGCAAGGAAUGUCCUGCGCCGAACAAACCAGAGCCACACCAGCAUCCCAGCUGGGACCCACAGGCAUCCAGUUCUUCCUGGAGUCCAGAGUGGAGGUGACAAUGUGGGAGAGAAGCCUAGAGCCAGUUCCAGUGUCACCUUUUCCAGGGCAGCUGGAGCAGGGAAUGGCCCCUGUGCCAUCGCAGGAGAGGUGCCUGGAGCUGGCUCUGGAGUGGCCAUUCCCAGGGCACCUGAAGCAGGGAACAGCCACAGCGCCACCAUGGGAAGGCAUCAGCUGGACAGUGGCACAAGCGCUGUGACACACUGCAAGCCACCACUGAGCCCCUCCCACCGUGGUGCCACCAGUGACUCUUCCUGGGAUCCAGCCGUGGGAGCAAACCUGGGGCCAUCCCGGCAGCAGGGCGGGCGCAGGCCCAGGGACAGGGCACAUCCCCUCACUGUCCGUGCAGUGGCCUCACGCUGCUGCGCCUGUGCUCGGCAGUAAAGGUGCUGCCACCUCCAUGUCUGUGCCUGGUGCUGCUUGUUUGCAUUGUGAUGUCCUCUGAGGAGUCCCCUUGUUCCCAGAUUCUUGCUGCCCAGAGUCUUGCUGGCACCCAACCCCGAGCCACCAUGAUGUCAGCCUAUGCCUUGGUGUCACCUUGAGCUCUAGGGAUGGGGUGGUGCUAGCUCUGCCACCCAGGUGACUCCUCAGCCCUGUCACCCCGCUGUCCCCACAGGCCCC